AUAAUGUAAUUAUUUUCUACCUUUAAUAGAUUUAUUUGAAUUUAUAUGUAGAUGGGUCACCAUGGUCGUGCCACUGUGUUAUGGAGCAUGCUGCUGCAAGUGAGAUCACUGUGCUCCACUGCUAAUGCCAUCGCACGUUACGCGCGUAGCGGUCAGCUCGGUCAUGCUCGCAAGGUGUUCGACGAAACGCCUCUCCCUCUCAGAACCAUCUCUUCGUGGAACACAAUGGUUGCUGCAUACUUCGAAGCUCGCCAACCGCGCGAGGCCCUUUUCUUGUUCCAGAGAAUGACCCACAGAAAUACCGUAUCUUGGAACGGUCUCAUCUCAGGCCACAUUAAGAACGGAAUGCUGCUUGAGGCGCGCAGGGUAUUUGAUGCAAUGACCGAUCGCAAAGUUGUUUCGUGGACUUCUAUGGUCCGUGGCUACGUUCGAAACGGCCAUGUUGCUGAAGCAGAACGACUCUUCUGGCAGAUGCCCGACAAGAAUGUGGUGUCAUGGACCGUUAUGCUCGGCGGGUUGCUGCAAGAGGCUCGUAUUGAGGAUGCGCGCAAGCUAUUUGAUAUGAUGCCUGAAAAGGAUGUGGUAGCGGUUACCAACAUGAUUGGAGGGUAUUGUGAGGAGGGUCGUUUGGACGAGGCUCGUGAGCUGUUUGAUCAAAUGCCGAGGAGGAAUGUGGUUACUUGGACAACUAUGGUUUCCGGGUAUGCAAGGAAUGGGAGAGUGGAUGUUGCGAGGAAGCUUUUUGAAGUGAUGCCGGAGAGGAAUGAGGUGUCCUGGACUGCUAUGCUUAUGGGUUAUACUCAUAGUGGGAGGAUGAGAGAGGCUUCUAAGCUUUUUGACAUGAUGCCGGUGAAGCUGGUUGUUGAUUGCAAUGAGAUGAUCAUGGGGUUUGGGUUUGCUGGCGAAGUGGAUAAGUCGAGGCGUGUGUUUGAGGAAAUGAAGGAUAGGGAUGAUGGAACUUGGAGUGCCUUGAUCAAGGUGUAUGAGAGGAAAGGGUACGAGUUAGAAGCUUUGGGUUUGUUUAGGAGGAUGCAGAUAGAAGGGGUUGCGCUGAAUUUCCCUUCAUUAAUUAGUGUUCUUUCUGUGUGUGCCAGCCUGGCCAGUCUUGACCAUGGGAGGCAGGUGCAUGCUCAAUUGGUGAGAUCUGAAUUUGAUCAGGAUUUAUAUGUUGCCUCGGUCUUAAUUACAAUGUAUGUUAAGUGUGGCGAUCUUGUGAGAGCAAAACGUGUUUUUGACAGGUUUCCUUUGAAGGAUGUUGUUAUGUGGAACUCUAUGAUCACGGGUUAUUCCCAGCAUGGAUUGGGGGACGAAGCUUUGAAUGUUUUUUAUAACAUGGGCUCCUCUGGAGUUCCACCAGAUGAUGUUACCUUCAUCGGAGUUCUUUCAGCAUGUAGCUAUAGUGGCAAGGUGAAAGAAGGGCUUGAACUUUUUGAAUCAAUGAAAUGCAAAUAUCAAGUGGAACCGGGAAUUGAACACUAUGCUUGCCUGGUUGAUUUGCUAGGCCGAGCAGGCCAGGUUAAUGAUGCAAUGAAACUAGUACAAAAGAUGCCAAUGGAACCUGAUGCAAUUGUUUGGGGUGCAUUGUUGGGAGCAUGCAGAACUCAUAUGAAUCUGGAUUUGGCUGAAAUUUCCGUUGAUAAACUUGCACAGCUAGAACCUAAAAAUGCUGGACCUUUAGUCUUGCUUUCAAAUAUGUAUGCGUCCAGAGGAAGAUGGAAAGAUGUUGAAGUCCUUAGGAAGAAAAUGAAGUCUAGGAGUUUUAUGAAAUUGCCUGGUUGUAGUUGGAUUGAGGUGGAGAAAAAGGUACAUAUGUUCACCGGGGGUGACAGCAAGGGCCACCCUGAGCAGCCUAUUAUCAUGAAAAUGUUGGAGAAGUUAGGUGGAUUGUUGAGGGAAGCUGGGUAUUGUCCUGAUGGUAGCUUUGUCCUUCACGAUGUGGAUGAGGAAGAGAAGACACUUAGCUUGGGUUAUCAUAGUGAAAAGCUAGCUGUAGCAUAUGGAAUUCUAAAAGUGCCGAAAGGAAUGCAAAUUAGAGUUAUGAAAAAUUUGCGGGUUUGUGGUGAUUGCCAUUCUGCAAUUAAAUUAAUUGCAAAAGUUACUGGAAGGGAGAUCAUUUUGAGGGAUGCUAAUAGAUUUCAUCAUUUCAAGGAUGGUUACUGUUCUUGCAAGGACUAUUGGUGAUUCCUAGAAGCUCAUAUGACCUAAGAUUUGAAGUUAUUGGAAUAGAGGGUGGCUCUGCCCGAGUUUGAUGGACUUGUAUACCAUGUGCUUUGGUGGUCAGUAUUUUACAACUUGCUAGUGUGACAUACAUAAGUGAGUAUUAUGGUUAAGGUGAGUCUGCUGACUAAGAAUGAUGGUACUAAUAAUCAAAAUUAUGAAUGAGUUGGAAGCUCGUAAAAAUUAAGAUCCAUUACAUUAUUGUUUUUGAGUGAAGAUAUGCUGCCUAAAAUAUGAAAGUGGUGAAGCUGUUUUGAUCCUGCAGAGUAAUCUUUGAGGUUAGAGAUCUUAACAAGAAGUGGUUCUAAUUCUACUGCAUAUUGAUGGUUUUUAACUGAUGGAAAACAUUUUGGUGGAAUAAUCUAACUCUGGAACAGUUCAUAGAUUUGUUGUAUGAUUCUUACAGCAUUCAAACAGUUAACUAUUUAAUUCUUUAGUUGUAAAUUAUUAAACUAUGAGCAGAAUAAAAUCAAACAGUUGCUGCUUAUGGAGACUUUGGAUUGGAAAUUUGAUGUUUACACUGAUCAAUGGUGUCUCUCUUUUUCACAGGGAUCCCAGAGAGGUUCCAUUUGGGGAAGAGCUGGUGAGAGGGCAGUGGAAGUUCUGGACACACUUGGAAGUAGUGUGCCAAAGUUAAGCAACAGUAAUGGGUUUGACACUGCAGUGGCUCCAAGAGGGAAUAGAAUAUCUAUAUUGACAUUUGAAGUGGCUCCAACAGUAAUGUUUGAGUUAAGGUGCAUAUAAAAGUGUUCAAUAGAUUUGCUAAUAACUUUCUAAUAGAAUAAAUCUCAAAUUUUAUUGUAACAUUGAAACUAAAGACAACUCUAAAUCCUGUAAUCCUACUUUUCAUUGACAAUCUUUUCUUAUUAAGCUCAGGAAAGUAUAAAGCAUAGCUCUCAGCAAUUACUACAUACACAAUAAGGCAAUCAAACUGAUUAAGAAGUUGGAAAAGGUGAUUUUUAACUUCUUUGUGGUGUAGUAUACUUACACAUUUUCCUCUUCAUUCUUCAUUUUGUUAAUGUUAUUUUCAUUUUUUUGGAGCUGAAUUUUGAUUGAGGAAAUAAUACACAAGUAAUAAUUUUGAUUUCUUUGAAAAUUUUAAUGUGAUUUUAAUUGUUUUUU